ACAAGGUUCGUCAAACCCAGUGUUUUGCGAGAUCCAGCUCCGAAAAGAUGUCACACAACGUUCAAUUUCCACACGGCCAGCCGCUACCUAUCAAUCCCCACGAAGGGGCCAUAUCAAACACCGUUUUUCCACCGGAUAUGAACCCUAACUACCCACACCGAGUGCUGCCGGGUACCACCGGGAUCGAACACUAUCCUCCAGGUAGCCUCCCACCCCCUCCAGGAGGAUAUCAUCCACCGGGACACUAUCCACCACCACAUCUGAUGCCUCCAGUGCUGGACGGUUCCUAUCCUCCGCAUUACCCGCCAGUGCAGCACUAUCCUCCUCUACCCGACGGUUAUCCGACGCCCUAUGGUAGACCAACUCUGUGCUCGCUACCCCCGCCACCGGGAAAUAUGAAGGCGAAGAAGUGAAAAUAUUUACAAGGAUUCAUCUGUCCCGUCUAAACGCAGUGUGAUCGAAGGGAGGUAUUCUGUUUGAAAUGUAAACAGGAAAAAUGAAAUGAUAAAAUUUCAAUAAAGAUGUUUAGUUUGAAAAAUAA